GUUGACGAUUGGUUCAUGUGCGCGGACAAAAGAAGUGACUGCAGAGCAGACUUCAGCCGAAGCAGCUUCUGUGUGUGUUCCCUGUGAGGGUGUGCGCGAGUGUGUGUGUGGGUCCAUGCGUGCGUGAGGGCAACGAAUGACUCGCUCGAGGGUUGAGGGCAGCGCGUGCUUUUAGUUAAAGUCAAGCGUGCUCAAGUUUUAAAGUGCGCCGCAAGCAGCUCGCUCAAAGGACUCAUCGAAGCUCCUGUAGCUAGACUUAAUUCAAUUCAAUUAAAAUUAACUCAACAUUCUUAAGCUAAGCAGUUAGUUAAAAGUUAAUCAAUACAUAAAUUACACAUCAAUAAAAAUACACAUAAUACCUAUAUAAAUAUAUACACUUAUAUAUUAGCUAAUCAACAUUAUAAACUAAGGUAAUCAACGCAAUACGAAGCCACGCUUUAACGAUAAAAAACAAUCAAACUCUUGGCAAAAUACCAAACGCGCAGUUGAGCAGGCAACGAAGUCUUUGCAAGCUGCCACGCGCUCAAUAAGGGACAACAGCUGCCUCUGGUUGUUGCAACAAAUUAAGGUAAAAACAUACCCGAAAGUUACACAAAAAACGCGCAUUCGAUAAAAAAAAAAAACAACAAACAACACGAAGAACUUACAAGUGGAAAAUUCUCACCGAAUUUGUAGCAAAAGCAAAUAGCAAUACAAAAUGCAUUCGAGGCUAAAAUUCUUGGCAUAUUUACAUUUAAUGUGCGCUGGCAGCAUUUGUUGGCUGGAAUUUAGCGCAGCUCAGCAGCAGCAGCAGCAACAACAGUUGCAACAACAAUCUGCAUCGUUAACCGAGAAAAUACCAUUAGGCGCCAUCUUUGAGCAGGGCACGGACGAUGUGCAAUCAGCCUUUAAAUAUGCAAUGCUCAAUCACAAUCUGAAUGUCAGUGCGCGUCGCUUUGAGCUGCAGGCGUAUGUUGAUGUCAUCAAUACGGCGGAUGCAUUCAAAUUAUCGCGCUUGAUUUGCAAUCAAUUCUCGCGCGGAGUCUACUCAAUGCUGGGCGCCGUAUCGCCGGACUCGUUUGACACAUUGCACUCCUAUUCGAAUACGUUCCAAAUGCCAUUCGUGACGCCCUGGUUUCCGGAAAAGGUGCUCACCCCGUCAUCAGGCCUGUUGGAUUUCGCAAUCAGCAUGCGUCCGGAUUAUCAUCAGGCAAUUAUUGAUACCAUACAAUACUACGGCUGGCAAAGCAUUAUUUAUCUAUACGAUUCGCAUGAUGGCUUACUGCGCCUGCAGCAAAUCUAUCAAGAACUGAAGCCCGGAAAUGAAACAUUUCGUGUGCAAAUGGUCAAACGCAUCGCCAACGUAACGAUGGCCAUUGAAUUUUUGCACACGAUGGAGGAUUUGGGGCGCUUCAGCAAAAAGCGCAUCGUGCUCGACUGCCCGGCGGAAAUGGCCAAAGAGAUCAUCAUACAGCAUGUGCGGGACGUAAAGCUUGGCAGGCGCACCUAUCAUUACCUGCUCAGCGGCCUGGUCAUGGAUAACCACUGGCCCAGCGACGUUGUGGAGUUUGGAGCCAUCAACAUCACCGGCUUUCGCAUUGUGGACACUAAUCGGCGCGCCUUGCGUGAUUUCCAUGACAGCCGGAAGCGCUUAGAGCCAGCGAGUGGUGCCGGCACAGCAGGCGGCGGCGGCAGUCAGCCAGCUAUUUCGGCACAGGCAGCGCUCAUGUACGAUGCGGUCUUUGUGCUUGUCGAGGCCUUCAAUCGCAUUCUGCGCAAGAAGCCGGAUCAGUUUCGUGCCAAUCAUCUACAGCGUCGCAGUCAUACGGGCGGCCCGGGCGGCACCAACUCGCUGAACGAAUCGAGCGCCCUGCUCGACUGCAGCACAUCCAAGGGCUGGGUCACACCCUGGGAGCAAGGAGAGAAAAUCUCACGGGUGCUGCGCAAGGUGGAAAUCGAUGGAUUAACUGGUGCUGUGCGCUUUGAUGAUGACGGCCGGCGAGUCAACUACACGUUGCAGGUGGUGGAGAUGUCUGUGAACAGCACGCUGCAACAGGUGGCUGAGUGGCGGGACGAUGUGGGCUUCCUGCCGUUCCAUGGGCAUCGCACUCACGGCAGCAGCUCGCGCACAACGGCCGCCAGCAAUGGGGAUUAUACACGCAAUCACACGUACAUUGUGACCAGUGUGCUGGAGGAGCCAUAUCUAAUGCAUAAGGCUAGCUAUGGCCAACAGCUGGUUGGCAACGAACGCUUUGAGGGAUAUUGCAAGGAUAUGGCUGAGCUGAUUGCCACCAGGCUGGGCAUUAAAUGUGAGUUCCGAUUUCCACUUCUGAAUCUGUUCAACAGAAAUUGUUAUUCUCGCUGCUUUUCUUUCACAUUGUCAGUUGAGCUGCGACUGGUGCAGGAUGGCAGCUACGGUGCCGAGAAUCAGUUUGCACCGGGCGGCUGGGACGGCAUGGUGGGUGAGCUGGUGCGCAAGGUGAGAAACAGACACAGACACACGGCUGACAAUAGUUGUCAACACUUUGUAACUGCUUUAUUGUCGUUGGCCUUAAAGGAGGCGGACAUUGCGAUUGCAGCGAUGACGAUUACGGCGGAACGGGAGCGCGUCAUAGACUUUACCAAGCCCUUCAUGUCCCUGGGCAUCUCCAUAAUGAUCAAGAAGCCAGUGAAACAAACUCCAGGUGUCUUCAGCUUUCUGAAUCCUCUCUCGCAGGAGAUAUGGAUAAGUGUCAUCUUGAGUUACGUGGGCGUAAGCCUUGUACUUUACUUUGUCACGCGGUUGCCGCCCCACGAGUGGCGCAUAGUGCGUCGUUCGACAAAUGAAACGAAUUCACAGCAACAGCCACCGGGCAUCAUUGGUGGUGUCCAAUUGACCGAACCACCCGAGCAACAUCAGCCGGCAGCGGUGCCACUGAAUGAGUUUAGUCUGCUCAACUCCUUUUGGUAUUCGCUGGCUGCCUUUAUGCAGCAGGGCUGCGACCUGACACCACCCUCGAUAGCUGGACGCAUUGCUGCCGCCGUUUGGUGGUUCUUUACCAUCAUAUUGAUCUCGUCCUACACAGCCAAUUUGGCUGCAUUCCUCACUGUGGAACGCAUGGUGGCGCCCAUCAAAUCGCCCGAGGAUCUGGCCAUGCAAACCGAUGUACAGUACGGCACCCUGCUGCAUGGCUCCACCUGGGACUUCUUUCAUCGCUCGAAGAUUGGCCUGCACAGCAAAAUGUGGGAGUACAUGAAUGGCAAUCCGCACCUGUCCGUGCGCACCUACGACGAGGGCAUCCGACGUGUGCGCACCUCCAAGGGCAAGUACGCCCUGCUCGUGGAGUCGCCAAAGAAUGAAUAUGUUAACGCGCGAGCUCCCUGUGACACCAUGAAAGUGGGUCGCAACAUAGACACCAAGGGCUUUGGCAUAGCCACGCCCAUUGGUUCGCCACUGCGGAAUCGUCUCAAUUUGGCUGUGUUGUCGCUCAAGGAGAACGGCGAACUGCUCAAGUUGCGCAACAAAUGGUGGUUUGACAAAACCGAAUGUAAUCCCAAUUUGGACAGCCAGGAGACCUCCACACCCAACGAGCUCUCACUGAGCAAUGUGGCUGGCAUCUAUUACGUAUUAAUUGGCGGUCUGCUGCUCGCCGUCGUGGUGGCCAUACUCGAGUUUAUUUGCCGCAGCAAGACGUCGCGUCGAAAGGUGCCCGCCAAUGGCUCCACUGGCGGCAUGUUGGGCUCCUCUACAUAUCAGCGGGACUCUCUCUCGGAUGCCAUCAUGCAGUCCCAAGCCAAGCUCGCCAUGCAGGCGGGCAGCGACUACGACGAGCGUCUAGUGGGCGUUGAGGUGAGCUUCCACUUCAUUUCCAAUAAAUACCCAAGAGCUCUAAAUUCACAUAUAUUACACUUGCUCUUCCAGUUGGCAUCCAAUGUCCGCUAUCAGUACAGCAUGUAAAUGCAAUUGGUCUCCAAGUAAACUUGUAUAUAGCAUUUGAAACGCAUUAACUAAACGACGCUGGCGAUCAAUGGCAAAGUUGUCGACGGAGCAGUUGGCAUUCGGCAGGCGGCGGCGUUCUAAAACUGUACAGCAUAAUUAUUUGUAUUUUU